UUAUUGUGUAUAUAUAUAAAGUGUCAAAAACAAUUAACAUUAAAAUAUUGGCCGAAACAAUCACUUCAGGCACUGAUAACGAGAUACCUAUGAAUGCAAUGCCUGACCGUAACAGACAAUCGCCGGACACUAACAGUAUGAAUGAGACCACUAGUAGUGACGGAUCUACUGAUAGGAUUGACAACACAUUACCGGCGAUUCCGCCACCACUGUCUGCCGGACACAUCCAGCAAAACAAUGAGCUGACAAUUGUUGGCCCAAACCCAGUGCCGUCGACGUCGACGGCGGGAUCAGAGGUCACGUGGCGCGGGACUGGGGCUGACUCUGUGUUUAACCCGACUCCCAGUGAAUCGCUGGGACUGGAUGUCCAGUGCCCGCCAUUCACGUACACCGAUAUGGUAUUUACCAAAUUAACCAUACUCUUUUGCGUGUGCGAUUCUAUUGGCGAUGUUGUGCUGGCUGGCUAUCAUUUGUUCAAAGGAAACUAUUGGUACAGCGGUCUGACGGUGGCGUUCGUACUGUUGCCCACUCUGGUUAUGGCCAAAAUUCUUAGUAACAUACCUUUAGUUAUGACAAUAUUUACCGGGCGCUUUUUGAACCAUGAGGGUAACCGCAGCUGGGGAUACAACACGGUGCAUCCCACCACUUGGCAACGCUAUACUCGUAAUCUAUUGACAGUGUAUCGCUAUAUGGAUAUAUUAAGACAGGGACAGUUAGUGCGAGAACAAUCUGGAUCAAGUCCGAGAGAUUGCAACGAAGUGGUGGACAAAAAGCGAGAGAUGGCUCGUUUGAGAGUAAUUGAUACCUUUAUGGAAUCGGCGCCUCAACUCGUGCUCCAGCUUUAUAUUGUGGCUAAGACUAGCAAACAGUUUUUAAACUACUCUGGAGUUUUUACUUUUUUAAUCUGGAUAUUCAAAGGGAUUUUAAUGUUGGUAGCAUUUUUGACCCUAUCGUUGUCAUUAUUCACGUACGACCGCACACUUAGGGAUCUCAUUGGGUUAGCAACAAGUGAUAUACAGCAACGCUAUGACUCAUUCAUACUUCAGGGUUUUCUCGUAAAACUUAUCUGGCGCCUUUUCACGAUAGCGGCCCGUGUUUUAGCGCUUGCCCUAUUCGCCAGCGUUUUCUCAAUUCACCUUGUUGUCUUUCUCAUUGUGCAUUAUAUAAUAAUGUUUGCAUGGGUGAAUUACGCCACAAAAGAUAUGAAGUACCCUACUAUGUUAUACACUUUUAAUGGUGUACCAUGCCCUACUGUUCCACCUUUUGGUCAAAGAGAAUAUGCCUGUUUAGCCUAUGUGCUCACAUUUUGUUACCAUAAUCCGGUUGAUAAACGAUUUAUACCUAUGUUGGGUGGACAGAGAUUUUAUUAUCACACCAUGAUGUUUGUCGGCAAUUAUAUUUUAAUGCACUUUUGGUACACACAUUGUCCGGACACCCAGUGGUAUAAAGAGUACGCCUGGUAUACACAUUAUGUCUGCUUUUUUCUGGGCGUCGCUAUUAUGUGCCGGUGCGCUGUUUGGUCACCCGUGACCUCAACGGGUAGAAUAUGGCCACAAACCGGUCGCACGAUAUGGCCGACAGUGUCAACACCGAUGAAGUCAGACAUGUCACUGAAAACGGGAGAUAAAAUAAGCAUGAUAAAUAAUAUUCUGGGUAUAAAAGCUAUAAUAUUAUUACGUGAAUCCUGUAAAUUCCUGUCCCGUCCCAUUCCUGUACAGGAUUGGGACGGGACAGGAAAAUAUUUGACGUAUGCUUACAGGAAUGGGAAGGGACAGGAAUGGAUAGCUUCAGGACAGGACGGGACAGGAAUGGAAUACAAAGGGUUCCGACUGUACGGCGCCUACGAGAGGGGUCAGACAGACCUGGCAUUGGAUAUCCACAGGAAU